AGAGCAGAGCUCACUACCUGUCUAUCCUGAUCUUAUCUUCAUCUGGAUCACAACUUUCUCACUGACUGGCUGCACACCGACCUCAUCCCUCCUGCACCUGUCUGCCUGCCUGCACCUGUCUACCUGCCUGCACAUAUCUACCUGCCUGCUUCUCCUGCACCUGUCUACCUCUCUGCUUCUCCUGCACCUGGGGACCAUCCUGCCUUCCAGCCUCCACACCCAGGUCCCGGGGGCCACUCCAUCAUGAAGGCAGCUCCGUUCAUGCUCCUCGCCUGCUACCUGAUUGUAACGGCUCAGGUCAAAGCCCGGCCCAUGGACAGGGGUCUGUUUGAAGGGCCGAGGUUAAGUCUGGACAGGUUAGUCAACAAUGAGGGCGAUCAGGCUCUUCUCUACUUUCUGAAGGAGAGACAGUUGAACCGAGGCGAUUCUCGUGUACAACUGAGGCUCAGUAAAGGUUCUCUUUCCACUGACCACCCAAUGACUGUCCAGGACCUUGCACCCAUCCUUGAUGUUUUGCAGUCCCUUUACCAGGAGAACCGGCCAGAGGAAUCGGGUAGGACCUUCCUGGAAGUCUUCUCCGACCGCCUGAAGAGAGAAGACCCUCCGAUCUCCAUUGACUUGACAUUUCACAUCCUUCGACAGAUGAUCGAGAUAGCAAAGAAUCAGAACCAGAAGCAGCAGGCCGAACAGAACCGCAUCAUUUUCGACUCGGUAGGGAAGUGACCAUCGAUGGUUCAGGGCCUCGACUCCGAAAAAUAAGCCAAAAAACUCACUUCUUAUCCAAAUCCGGGAUGUGCAUUACCCUACACAACAAAGACUUCAGCCCGCCUGGUGGUAGAGGUGGACUUGUGCCAAAUCCAGGAACUUGCAGGGACAGAGGGAGGGUCUCUGGUUCUAUGUGCCCUUCACUGAUGUGGACAUCUCCUUCCAUUCAUUAAACCCCUUGUUUCCAUCUCUGAGUCCAUGUCUAACAUAUACUACAGGAUUCGUUUAUUUAUAAAAUUCAUCUCCGAAUUA